UCUAGAAUUUUCACUCUAUCAAAAAUCAAUGGCACCCACAAAGGCAGAGAAGAAGCCAGCGGAGAAGAAACCAGUGGCGGCGGAGAAAGCUCCGGCGAAGGCCGAGAAGAAGAUCUCGAAGGAAGGCGGUAGCGAUUUGAAGAAGAAGAAGAAGGUCAAGAAGAGCAUCGAGACUUACAAGAUCUACCUCUUCAAGGUUCUCAAACAGGUUCACCCCGAUAUUGGGAUUUCAAGCAAGGCUAUGGGGAUCAUGAACAGCUUCAUCAACGAUAUCUUCGAGAAGCUCGCCCAGGAGUCAUCGCGAUUGGCUCGGUACAACAAGAAGCCCACGAUCACGUCUCGGGAGAUUCAGACUGCGGUGCGUUUGGUGUUGCCUGGUGAGUUGGCUAAGCACGCUGUCUCUGAAGGAACCAAGGCUGUCACCAAGUUUACUAGUUCUUGAAUUUGAU